AUGAUUUGUUUGGCCGGCCUGAUUCAUAUCGCUUGGAUUAGAGGUUGUGCAUGCCGCGCGCCGGAAUCCAAGACCACGGAUACUACACCAUCAAAAAUUGUUGUCCCACUGGACUGUGAGGAAAACCGAGAAGCAUCCAAGGAUUUAGCUCAAUGGACAGCAGCAGCAGCAGCAGCAGCCAUACCUUCUCAACUCGGUGGACGAACACUGUUCACACGAAAAUGUCGUUCGUGUGUUGUGCGAAUACACGUGGGCAAGAGAUCCGCGCAGACAUUUUGUGAUCACGUUGAUAAAAAUGGAUUUCAAGGUCAUUUGAAACGGUCUUUGGUCGACUAUGGUCCAGUCGAUAUGCGGCAAGGACACUGUGCGAUUCCCUUGGUUUCCGAUUUCCGGGCAGACCUGCGGAUGGCUAUUGCAUUGGCCUGUUGCUUGCUAACGUUCACACUACCACCAGACAUUGAAUGGCUUUGGGUGCAUAAACUGCGUCACACAGCAAACACAAAUUUUGUAAAAAAUUACCAGUUACUGAAAUUUGCUGAACUGGUCAAACAGUUGAUGGAAGGUUGGUAUUUGCUCGGUUGGGUCUUGUUUAUGCCGUUAAUGUUCUUAUCGAAUCCGGUUGUUCGGGCCCAAUUUCUCAAACUGUAUUGCCAUCGGGUUCGGUGUAAGCGGCGUCACUGUCGACUGUGCUACUGUGGGUACUAUUGUGAUACAGACAUGAAUGAAUCGAACUGUGACGGGUCUGGAGCGGACCUGUUUUGA